AUGAGCAUUGUCGAAGCCAGUAUUGGCGAUCUGCAAGCCGCGCUCUCAUCGGGCCAGAUCUCAUCGGUCGAACUCACCGCUAAACAUCUCCUUCGUUUGGCCCGGUAUGAUCGUCGGAGCAUCUACCUCAACUCCUCCCCCAUCAUCAAUAAGAAUGUCUUUGCGGACGCUCAGGCCUCUGAUGAUCUCCGUGCAGCGGGGCAGCCACCACGGAGCGACCUGGAUGGCAUUCCAUGCACCAUCAAGGACAGCUACAAGAUCAAAGGCAUGACGGUAGCUUCGGGCUCGCCAGCAUUCGAAAACCUGAUCGCUACUGAGGACUCGUUCGUUGUGGGAAGAAUCAAAGCUGGAGGCGGCAUCAUCCUGGCGCGGACCAACAUGCCUCCAAUGGCCGCAGGAGGCAUGCAGCGUGGCGUGUAUGGGAGAGCGGAGAGCCCUUACAAUGAAGACUAUUUGACUGCAGCGUUUGCCUCUGGCUCCAGCAACGGCAGUGCCACAGCAACAGCUGCGAGUUUUGGUCUUUUCGGCAUGGGUGAAGAGACCAUCUCUUCAGGUCGAUCGCCAGCUUCGAACAAUGGUCUCGUGGCAUACUCGCCCUCGCGGGGUCUCAUCAGUAUCCGUGGCAACUGGCCCCUCUUCCCCAACUGCGAUACUGUCGUGCCUCAUACGAGAAGCAUGCGAGACAUGUUCUCUCUCCUUGAUGUCAUCGUUGCCAAAGACGAACAGACGCACUGCGAUUUCUGGCGCGAACAACCAUUCGUCCCGCUCCCCGACCCGGAAGCAAUCCGACCUGCGACAUACCAGUCUCUGGUGGACACCAAUUCAUUGCAAGGGAAAGUCAUCGGAGUGCCCAAAAUGUACAUUGGUGAACAUGACCCCGCCGCUCUCCCGGUCCAUAUCCGACCCUCCGUCCGCGCGCUCUGGGACCAAGCCCGCAAGACACUCGAAGCGUGUGGUGCGACCGUGAUCGAAACCGACUUUCCCAUCGUGACCAAUCUCGAGAGUACAGCAGCCGGCUCCAAGCCCUCCACCCCAUACUUCACACCCGUACACAAAAACGACAUUGACAUGGUCCAACUCAUGGCCUACACAUGGGACGACUUCCUCCGCUCCAACAACGAUACCUCCAGCGUCACCACGCUCGCCGACGUCGACCCCGCCAUGAUUUUCCCGCCUCCUCCCGGCGCUCUGCCCGAUCGUUACGGCCCAGACGACCCGCUCGUCAAAUGUGCGAAUCUCGUCGACGCCGUCAAGAAGGGCCGCGUGGCGACUUUCUCCAUCCCCGGCAUCGGACCCAAACUCCAAGCGUUGGAAGAGCGUCGCAAGACGGAUUUCGAAGCCUGGAUGGACGCUCGAGGGCUCGAUGCCGUGGUGUGGCCCUGUCAAGGCGACGUCGGUAAAGCCGAUGCGGAUAAGAAUGAAGAGUCUGCACGAGAUGCAUGGCGCAACGGAGUCCUCUACAGCAACGGCAACUGCGCGAUUCGACAAUUCGGCAUCCCGACCAUCAACGUCCCCAUGGGAAACAUGUCGGACAUCAACAUGCCAGUGAAUCUCACGUUUGCCACUAAGGCAUAUGAGGAUAAUAAAAUUAUGUCAUAUGCCACUGCUUUUGAAGCGAAACAAGCAUCUUCUUCUUCUGGAGGAAGAAUCAAACCAGGUCGAACUCCAGAUUUACCCACUGAUGUGAUUAUUUCUCGUGGAGGUGACAAAGUUGUCGAGAAAGGAAAGAAAGCGCCCGUCCUAACCAUCUCCCACGCCAAGCGAGUCAUUCCCGAAAACAAAGAAGAAAAAGAAUCAUCUCCAUCCUCUUCCUCUUUCUGGAUUGAAAUCACUGGCUCCGUCCAAUCCAGCAGCAGCGAAGACUCAGAACAACAGCCAGGAGGAGGAGCAAGUCUCACAUCCUUGGAAGUCUUUGUCGAUGGAUUGCAAUGUGCCACUGUAGAGGUAGGAGGUGGAGAGGAGAAAGGGGAAUGGUCAGUGAUUGUAGAAGCGCAAAGUCACGACAAGAGUCGAGAGGAUGGGAAGAGCGUUCCCGAUUUGGCAUUGGCCAUGGUGAUUGUAUUGGCUGUAGCGGGGAAUGGGAGGGCUGCUGCGGAAAUGUUGUUCGUUUGA